GUGCUCGCUCCAAGCUCGGCAACCCACUUCUUGGGCCCGAUUGUGGGCAACCCUCCCAACUGAAACUUGUCAUGGAUGGUCAUGGAUGGCGAUGGAAGGAAAUGGUACAAUCAGAUUACCGUCUGGCUCAUCGGUUGGUGGAGCAGGCUGGACCAGACAGAACUUAAAAGCUGUCCCUCUCCCCCGCUGGCCCAUCCCCCACCAUCAUCCAAACAAGUUCACCCACCACAAAACCACACCACAUCCCCCACGCACCCUAUCACACCUUGAGUAAAUAAAUAAAAAUCAGCAUGUCCAACAACAACAGCAACGGUAAAGCCGUCGGUAUCGACCUUGGUACCACUUACUCUUGUGUUGGUGUAUGGCAAAAUGACCGAGUCGAGAUCAUUGCCAAUGACCAAGGAAACCGAACAACUCCCUCUUACGUCGCCUUCACUGACUCAGAGCGACUGAUCGGUGAUGCCGCCAAGAACCAGGUUGCUAUGAACCCUCAUCACACCGUCUUUGAUGCCAAGCGUCUGAUCGGACGAAAGUUCGAGGACGCCGAGGUCCAAUCCGACAUGGAGCACUGGCCAUUCAAGGUCGUCCCCAAGGCCGGCAAACCUGUUAUCUGCGUCGAGUACCGCGGUGAACAGAAAGAGUUCACUCCUGAGGAAAUCUCAUCCAUGGUUCUCUUGAAGAUGAAGGAAACUGCCGAGGCUUACCUCGGAACAACCGUUCAAAAUGCCGUCGUCACCGUUCCUGCCUACUUCAACGACUCUCAGCGACAGGCAACCAAGGACGCUGGUCUGAUUGCUGGUUUGAACGUUCUUCGAAUCAUCAACGAGCCCACCGCCGCUGCCAUUGCUUACGGUCUUGACAAGAAGACCACUGGCGAGCGAAAUGUAUUGAUUUUCGACCUCGGAGGUGGUACUUUCGAUGUCUCUCUCUUGACUAUCGAAGAGGGCAUCUUCGAAGUCAAGGCCACCGCUGGUGACACCCAUCUUGGAGGAGAAGACUUUGACAACCGUCUCGUCAACCACUUUGUCUCUGAAUUCAAGCGCAAGAACAAGAAAGACCUGUCUUCCAACGCUCGGGCUGUUCGUCGUCUGCGCACUGCUUGCGAGCGUGCGAAACGUACCCUGUCCUCUGCGGCUCAAACUUCCAUCGAAAUCGACUCUCUCUUCGAAGGUAUCGACUUCUACACUUCUCUCACCCGUGCUCGUUUCGAAGAGCUCUGUCAAGAUCUCUUCCGAAAGACCAUGGAGCCUGUCGAAAAGGUCCUUCGGGAUUCUAAGAUCGACAAGGCCAAUGUCCACGAGAUCGUUCUUGUCGGUGGCUCCACCCGUAUCCCACGUGUCAUCAAGCUUGUAUCUGACUUCUUCAACGGGAAGGAACCCAACAAGUCCAUCAACCCUGAUGAAGCCGUUGCCUACGGUGCUGCCGUCCAGGCCGCCAUUCUUUCCGGGGACACUUCCGAGAAAACCCAGGACCUUCUCCUCCUCGAUGUUGCACCCCUCUCCAUGGGUAUCGAAACCGCUGGUGGUGUCUUCACCCCUCUGAUCAAGCGAAACACCACCGUUCCCACCAAGAAGGGAGAGAUCUUCUCUACAUACGCCGACAACCAACCUGGUGUGUUGAUUCAAGUGUACGAGGGAGAACGUGCCCGCACAAAGGACAACAACUUGUUGGGCAAGUUCGAGCUAUCCGGCAUCCCCCCCGCGCCUCGUGGUGUCCCCCAGAUCGAGGUCACAUUUGAUGUCGAUGCCAACGGUAUCUUGAAUGUCUCUGCUGCCGACAAGACUACCGGAAAAUCCAACAAGAUCACCAUCACCAAUGACAAGGGACGACUAUCCAAGGAGGAUAUUGACCGAAUGGUCAACGAUGCCGAGAAGUACAAAGCCGAGGACGAGGCCGUUGCCGCCCGAAUCGCCUCGAAGAACGGACUGGAGUCCUACUCAUACAACCUACGAAACUCAAUCGAAGGUGACCUCAAGGAUAAACUUGAGGCAGAUGACAAGGCUAAACUAGAGAAGGAAAUCAAUGAGACCAUCAGCUGGCUCGAUGCUUCUCAAGAAGCCUCCAAGGAGGAGUACGAUGAACGUCAAAAGGCCCUUGAAGCCAUCGCCAACCCUAUCAUGAUGAAGGUCUACGGCGCUGCUGGUGGCGGCAUGCCAGGAGGCGGUAUGCCCGGAGGACCCGGUGGAUUCCCUGGUGCUGGUGCCGGCGCUCCUGGAGCUGGUGCCGACGAGCCUUCGGUGGAGGAAGUCGACUAGACGCAACAUUAAUGACGUAUUAGUUUUUCUUUUUUAUCAAAAAAGUGCGGUUUGUUUCGACAUUGCGCCAUAUGCACAUACACCUUUUGUCCAUCUACAUACCAUGUAGUCUUCCUAAUGUCUUUUCCUAUACUUGUCUACAAAUUUAUGACCUGCUUAACGUGUACAAUGAGAGAGAUAUCAAAAUGAUCAACACAAGGAAACGCGACAAAAAGGCCGAACAGGCUUUUUUCAUGUGCAUUGUGAGAUUCAGGACCCGUGUGUCUUUUUAUGUUGUGGAUCAUUGCGCUUCGCGAUGUACCUUUGUCGAAUUUGGUUCCGA